AGUCGCACGACGCUUUUCUGCCUCAGUAAGAGUAGAGUUGUGUUCGCGUGUGGUUGUGUGUGUUUCCUUUUUCCCUGAAAUAGGCCACACAACCUUCCAUUCCGUGAAACUAACUCUCCUAGAAAAACCCAAAAAAAGUAAAAAAUUUCCGUAAAAAAACGCAUACAAAAAAAUCGCAAAACCGUAGGCGAAAAACCGUCGUAACCUCGGGUAACAGCGUGGUGAUAAAAAAAAAAAAGAAAGGAAGAGAAGUGAGUACAAGCCAGAUAGUGCGUGAAACCGUCGAAGUCGUCAGAGAGAAAACAGACGGAAAGAUCCAACGUCUAACCCAACAGGCACGCGAAAAAAAAUAUCCACCCAGACACGCACGAGGCAGAAGCGGAAGAGAUUUAAAGAGAAUUAAAGAGGAAAGCGUGUGUGCGAGAGACCUUGCGAGCGACGAGGUCACGAGCCAGGUCCUUUGGUAGAUAAGCCAUAUUGCGAGGUAGAGCGAAAGCGAAAUCGUUCACGCACGUAAAAAGAGACGUCGUUCGCGUCUCUCAACUCCGGGCGUGAUACCGAUAUUCCGCAACCUUCGCCGUCGUCGUUGCCGCCAUGAAUCCUGGUGCGCCCAACUACCCCAUGGCCUCGCUCUACGUGGGCGACUUACACACCGACAUCACCGAGGCGAUGCUGUUCGAGAAGUUCUCGUCGGCUGGACCUGUGCUGUCGAUCCGCGUAUGCCGUGACAUGAUCACCCGCCGCUCGCUUGGCUACGCAUAUGUCAACUUUCAGCAACCGGCUGAUGCUGAACGCGCCCUUGAUACCAUGAACUUUGACAUGAUAAAAGGGCGGCCUAUUCGGAUCAUGUGGUCUCAGCGUGAUCCCUCCCUACGCAAGUCGGGCGUCGGAAAUGUAUUUAUUAAGAAUCUAGACAAAAACAUAGACAAUAAAGCAAUGUAUGAUACAUUUUCCGCGUUCGGUAACAUAUUGAGUUGCAAGGUUGCACAAGAUGAAUCGGGUGCGUCAAAGGGUUAUGGCUUUGUACAUUUUGAAACGGAGGAAGCGGCUAACAAAUCUAUCGACAAAGUCAACGGAAUGUUGCUAAAUGGCAAGAAGGUGUACGUUGGCAAAUUCAUCCCGCGCAAGGAACGCGAGAAAGAGUUGGGUGAGAAAGCCAAACUGUUCACGAACGUCUACGUGAAAAACUUCGGCGAGGAUAUGACCGAGGACAAGUUGAAGGACAUGUUCGAGAAGUACGGGACCAUUACAAGCCACAAAGUGAUGAGCAAGGACGAUGGCAAAUCACGUGGCUUCGGAUUUGUCGCGUUCGAGGACCCGGACGCUGCCGAACAGGCGGUGCUCGAAUUGAAUGGCAAGGAGAUUGCCGAGGGCAAGUGCAUGUACGUCGGGCGGGCCCAGAAGAAAGCCGAGCGUCAACAGGAACUUAAACGGAAGUUCGAGCAAUUGAAAAUCGAGCGGCUAAAUCGAUACCAAGGCGUGAAUUUAUACGUAAAGAAUCUGGACGAUACGAUCGAUGACGAGCGUCUGCGUAAAGAAUUUACGCCGUUUGGCACGAUCACCUCUGCGAAGGUGAUGAUGGAGGAUGGACGUAGUAAAGGUUUUGGCUUUGUGUGCUUUUCGCAGCCGGAGGAAGCUACCAAAGCAGUUACCGAGAUGAAUGGACGCAUCGUAGGUACUAAACCUCUCUAUGUCGCUCUGGCGCAACGUAAGGAAGAUCGUAAGGCACAUCUUGCCUCUCAGUACAUGCAGCGUAUGGCGAACGUUCGCAUGCAGCAGAUGGGUCAGAUAUUCCAACCUAGUAACGCCGGCAGUUAUUUUGUGCCUACGCUGCCACAGCCGCAGCGAUUCUAUGGACCCGCUCAGAUGGCGCAGAUUCGCGCGACUCCGCGCUGGCCGGCGCAACCGAAUCAAGUACGACCGAACGCGCAGACUGGUACCUCCGGGUUCGCGUCUAUGCAAGCUGCACCGUUCCGAGCGGCGCCGCGCGCUCCCGCCGCACAGGCUGGCGCUUUGCGAAACAGCAUGUCCGCCAGACCUAUCACAGGUCAACAAACAGUUGGUGGCGCCAACAUGCAGAGCCGUACCAUGGCCGGUCCUGCAGUCGGUGUCUCGCCCGGUCAGAGCCGUCCGUCGAAUUACAAGUACACCGCAAAUAUGCGCAACCCGCCACAAGCGGCCAUGGCUAUACCUGCACCUAGUGGUCCUUCUGUGCAACAAGCGGUUCACAUUCAGGGCCAAGAGCCGCUCACCGCGUCGAUGCUAGCCGCGGCGCCGCCGCAAGAGCAAAAGCAAAUGUUAGGGGAACGGUUAUUCCCUCUGAUUCAAUGCAUGUAUCCACAAUUGACCGGUAAGAUCACCGGUAUGUUGUUGGAGAUCGAUAACAGCGAACUGCUCCACAUGCUGGAGCACAGCGAGUCUUUGAAGGCCAAGGUCGAGGAGGCCGUGGCCGUAUUACAAGCUCAUCAGGCCAAGCAAGCGGUCGCGCCGAAAAAAGAAUAAGCGUCACAUCGAUAAUUUUUAUUUAUAAUUCGUGAGAAUGAAUUUUGAUUGUUUUGAAUUUGA